AUGUCAUUGGUUACACAUGAGGUUGAUCCGUUUGCAGAUACAAUUAUUAUCCUUAAAAAUCCUUGCAAAAACUUCGCCUCGUGGGACGAGACGCUCAUAUCCUCUCAAAUUGAGUUUCCCGAGCCGGAAGAGGAACAGCCCAUACAUGCUCAGACGUUGGAGGACGAUCGGACGGGCAAGAAGCUGUCAAAGAAGGAGAAGAAAGCCCGGAUGCGCGGUAGAGCCUCCCGCAACAGCACUGUCUCGAACGUUCUAGAGGGCAAUGGCGAGCACGCUGAGCUUUCCAGUGAAGCAUUGUCUGAAGAUCAAAGACUUGUUCACGAUCGGGAAUUAGCAACAAGAGUGGUUGGUGGGGUAGAGAACCCAAGCGUCGAACUAGCCGAGCUCGCCUCAGGGCCGACCCAGUCGGAAGAUGAUGAGAUUCACUAUCUCGUCUCAUCCCGCCACUUGAUGCUAGCUUCACCAUGGUUUAGGCGCACAUUAACAAGAGAAGAGUUCGUUGAAUCCUUGAAAAAUCCAUCGGAUGGACGGUACCACAUCUAUGCCAACGAUUGGGACGAAGAAGCUCUCCUUAUUCUUCUUAACAUUUUCUACAUCCAAACACGCCAAGUUCCGGCUACUAUAAGCUUAGAGAUGCUCGCAAAGAUUGCAGUUCUUAUCGAUUACUACGAGCUCGAAAACGCAGAGGUGAUCGAGCGUGAUACCAAGGACUGGAUUACUAAUGUGAGGCGUAAUGCCGCGAUUCUAUCUUCUUAUUGCCGUGACCUUAUGUUAUGGAUCUGCAUCUCUCGAGUUUUCUGCAUGUGCGAAGAAUUUAAGAAAGCGACGGCUGUGGCGAUUAAAGAGACUAGUAUCGACCGCAUUCGAUGCAAUGCCAUUAAGCACGUUAUCUCUAAACUGCACCGCUUACUUAGGGGUUGUCUCUUGCCCCGGCUAGAGAAUCCUUUUAUGGGGAUCAGCCUCAAUGAAAUAUGCGAUAGGAGUGGAAUAGCGAAGAAUACGAAAUGGUGGGUCAAAAGCGACUGUUACGACUACUACAAACGAUACGACCACGAAAAGUGUGAGGUUCACUCGUGCAAUCUGAAUGCUAAGAUUAAUGAAGUCGUCCAGGAUGCGAUGGCUAAAGUGAGAGGAUUGAAAUUGCAGGACUUCAGGGAUAACAGCCAAGUUUCGUUUAAAAACUGA